AUGUCAUCUGACACAUCGUCUAUUAUUGGUGCUACAGAAAACCCCCCAGAUGUCAAUGGAUUGCCGUCAAACUUCCUCUCAAUUAUGGACAUCACGAAGGACCGUUCAAGUACACGCGGACGCAAGACUGGAGGUAAAACCAUCUAUACUUGCACUGCGUGUGGAGAUAAACGAUACGACCACAAGGCAAAUGCUGCCAAUCACGUCAGAAACAACCGCCCGGUCGCAUCCAGAUCCACCAGGUCUGUAUCGGGCACCCAGCGCUCAAUCUUCGCACAUUUUCGCCCUGUAGCAAGCGAGGACGCACUUCGAAAUGCCUUCAACCCGCAAGCAUAUCAGGAAGCAUUGAUCAGCAUACUCACGCGUCGGAGAGUGCCCUUUUCGGCUAUUGAAUGGGACAAGUUUAAACAACUCGCUCUCGCUUGUAACACAUACAUCAAAGACUCCCUCAUUACCUCACGGCGUACGAUGGUCCGAGAUAUUGCAGCAAACUAUGAUUUUUACAGCAGCGAGAUCAAGGACAGUCUCACCACCGCGUCAAGUCCGAUUCAUAUCUCAACAGACCUCUGGACAUCACCGCAUAGACAUUCUCUACUUGCUGUGUGUGCACAAUGGGUAGAUAAAGACUACCAUACACAACCCCCCUUUCGACAGCCCCACCCUUUCGUCAAGCAAAAAAAAAAGAGCACCACCAAAAAUGGACAACUUCACUUACACGAAAGUUGGUUAGAAUAA